UCUGGCAACACUGGAUGUCGAUGUCUCCACCUCGCUGCGCCGCACAUUUGUUGUCGUUGUAAAAGGCUGCGGAACCCAGUUAUUUGUGCAGUGGGACAGUGAAAAAUGUUGUAAUAUUACCACGAUAGCUCGGCCAGUGAUCUAUUCGAAAUAAAUAAGGAAGCUGAGUGUUUCUCGCUCUCUGUCUGGCACACGCAACUAUGCCUGCGCCUUGCUAUUGGAAUAGUUGAUGUUUGCAACUGGCGUAGAGUGACCAUCGAGUGGCCAUCAUGUCGGACAAGGUCAGCACAUCCCUGGCAGCCCAGCUGCACUCCCACUCCCAUGCUUUGGCCUCGGCGGAUGGUGGUGCCGGAGUGAAUGGAGGCACCACUGGCUGCCUCAGUGCCAGCACUGAGAAGGACAUCCAGGCGCCACUGCAGUUCGAAAUGGAUGCACCGGCGGCGGCGAUCAGUGCCCAGUUGAACUUCAAAAUUGUGCCCGCCGACAGUUUGCCCGGGCUGAGCUACCAGGACAUGUUCGCCUCCAUGAACACAUCACAAAUCUCCAAUGCCUCCACAGAGUCCAGCUGCAGUCCGCCCGUUCAGGGCAUGGUGCCGCCUCCAAAGCCCAGUCGACACAUGGCCGUGCAGCCGCUGAACAGCAAAUCCUGUCGAUUUCCCAAGCUGGAGGAGUGCGCCCACUUCCACUAUGAACGGGUGCAGCUGGGUCCGCUGUCCGUGCAGCUUUUGGAUGACAAGUCGGAGCACAUGGGCAGCAGUAUUGCCUCCCAGUCGAUCGGCGGCGAUCUGCCGCACAAUUCGCUGCGCAGCUUCUCGCCGGAGAGCUGCUGGUUCAUCAUUCGCGUGUGCCCGCAGCGCUGCGAACCGUUCCUGAUCAAGCGCAGUUUCGAGAACAUGCAGCUGCUGGACGAGAUGCUCCAUCGGUGCGUGUACGACCGCAAGAUCAGUGGGCUGCGCAACAUGGAGGAACUGGCGGCCGAGCUGCCCAGCGAAUCGGAUGUGGAAUAUGCGGUGGCCAAGUACCUGGAGCGCUUCUCGAAGAUCGCCUCCGAUUCGCUGACCUGCGGCACCAUUCUCACCUGGCUGCAGCUGGACAACAAGGGCAGGCGACUGCCUCUGGCGGAUGGCGAGACCCAGCGGACCAUCAACACGCCGGCGGUGGGCGCUGCCUACGGAGUGAGACGCUACCAGGCGCAGGCUCCCGACGAGAUCAACAUCGAGGUGGGCGACAUGAUCUCCGUGAUCGAUAUGCCCAGUCCGGCGGAGUCGGUUUGGUGGCGCGGCAAGAAGUCGCACCUGCAAAAGUCCCUCUACGAGGUGGGCUUCUUCCCCCAAUCCUGUGUGGCCACCAUCGGCGACAAGGUGCCCCGGAAUUUUCCCAUGCCGGCUCCGCUCGUCGGCCACCUGGAUGCGUCGCCCACCAAGCCGGUGCUGCGCAAGCACGGCAAACUGAUCGCCUUCUUCCGUUCCUUCAUCCUGUCGCGACCAUCACGUCGUCGCCUCAAACAGAGCGGCAUCUACCGCGAGCGCGUCUUUAACUGUGACCUCUCCGAGCACUUGCUCAACAGUGGCCAGGACAUACCCAUGGUGCUGCGCUCCUGCGCCGAGUUUAUCGAGAACUAUGGCGUCAUUGACGGCAUCUAUCGGCUCUCUGGCAUCACCUCGAACAUCCAGCGACUGAGGCGCGCCUUCGACGAGGAGCGGGUACCCGAUUUGGGCAAUCCCGAGAUGAAGCAGGACAUCCAUGCGGUCAGUUCGCUGCUCAAGAUGUACUUCCGUGAGCUCCCGAAUCCCCUGUGCACCUACCAGCUGUACGACAACUUCGUGGAGGCCAUCCAGGUGAAGGCCGACGAGGCGGACGAGCGACUGCGACUCAUGAAGGAGACGGUGCUCAAGCUGCCACCGCCGCACUAUCGAACCCUCAAAUACCUUUCCGAGCAUCUGUACAAGGUGUCGCAGCACCACGAACGCACUGGCAUGACGGACAAGAAUCUGGCCAUUGUGUGGGCACCGAAUCUGCUACGUUCGCCCGCCCUCGAGUCGGGGGGCGUGGCCGCCCUGAGGGGAGUGGGCGUGCAGGCGGUGGUCACCGAGUACCUGAUACGGAAUUGCCAUAACAUCUUCGAUGCUCUGGAGGAUCAUCCGUCGCGUCACAGCAUGGUGACAAGUGUUGCCGCUGCUGCUGCUGCUGCUGCUGCUGCUGCUGCUGGCAAUGCUGCUGGUGGAGAACUGCGUUUGGAGUCACUCACCGAUUGCGAAAGUCUGCUGGUGGAACAGCGGGAGCAGGAUCAAUCGCUGGGCAUGGUGGAGCGUCCGAAGAGCCUGAGCACCGGUGGCGCCAAGUUGAUCAGUUUGGAGGAGGCACAGGAGCGACAUUCGCGGGUCGAGGGCGGCGAUCUUAAGCAAUCGCUGCCCAUCAGCAUGCUGACCAGUGCGAGCAGCAAUGCCGCCUCGAACAUUGGCUCCUACAUCGAAGUGGGCGGUGGUCCGUCCAGCUUGCCGGAUAAAUACCACACGGUGCUGUCGGCACCGCGCAGCUGGCAGAAGCGUAAACCGGACAAGACGCCGUCCUGGAAGUCGAUAUUCACGCGCAGUCAGCGGCAGGGUAACCCCGAUCCUGGCCAGAAGAUCACCACGGAUGCCAAAGACUCGGUGGCAUCGCGUGUUAGCUUUGUGCAGGCCUCGCAUGCGCAUGCCAGCAAGGAACUGACCAAGGGUGACAAGCCCAAGUCCAUUGAGCUGCUGGAGACGACGAGCAACGAACGCGAUCCGAAACCGAUGGACCUGUGCAUCCGCUCCAAUUCGAUCGAUAGCCUGCGCACAGUGGGCCACUCGAGGAGCGUUUCGCAUGACUCCUACUUCGAUCUGCUGCAGUCGCCGCAACGGGGUCACAUGACCACCUGUCCGUCGCGGGAGCUCUCCGAGCUGGGUCUCAAUUUCGACCGCGAGGAGCCCGAGAUGCGCAUCUUCUCGGAGAGCGAGUCGCUGGUCAGCUCGCCGCGCGUCGGCAAGGAGAAUGUGCCGCCUGCCUCCGGAUGUGCCACGCGUCGCAUAAUGCGCGCCCGACCGGAGGAGUUCUCCAGCCAGACGAACAGCGUUAAUCCGAGUCCCAAGAAGCAGCCACGCCUCAAUCUCCUGUCUCCCAGUGCGGCCAGGACCAUGCCGGCGCCACCUUCUUCUUCAGCGGCUCCAGCUGCUGUUGCCUCUUCCGCCGCCGCCUGUGGCCAUGAAUCCGCGGGAACAGAGAACUGCUGCAAGCGCUACAAGCUGGAGGAUCAGCUGUGCGACAUUCAGUUCAUUGACUGCGGCACACCGGAGAAUGUGCCCACCACACAGCAGCAGUUUGCCAGCGUUGAAGUGCAUCCGCCGCCAAAACCGGCGCGGGCACCGCAAUCUCAGAUUUCGCCAACGACAACGGCACCUGGUGGUGGUGGCUCCUCCUCUUUGACCCGCUACAGUUAUCCGUCGGUGCAGCUGGGGGCCAAGCGGAAGGAGCAGCAGGCGGCCAAGGAGCGUUUCAGCUACCAGGGCACCUUCACGCAGCCGGGACAGAAGCAGGAGCCAGGAGCCGCUCCCAGAUCAGUGCAUGCCAAUAGUACCGCUGUUCUGAGGAAACCACGAGUGGAACUGCUGGAUGAUGGCCAGACCAAGCUGGCCGUGCCCACGCCCACAACGCCCGCCCGCAGUCCUCGUUACUCCCUGCUGCUGUGCGACACCGAAAGUUCGGAGAACAGUUCGGCGGUCAACACUCCCCAGUACGACAUGGAGCCCCUUAUGCUGACCUCGGCUAUGUCCGGCGUGUCCGGCGUCUCGUCCAACAUGCAGCAGCAGCUGCUCUUGGGUCUGGAUGCGGCCAGCAGCUACCUGGGCAGUUCGCACGAGAGUCUGGGACAACAUUUCAACAACCGCCAGGAGGCUGAGCACCGUGAUAUGAAUGCCAUCAAACGGGAGCUAUCCCUGGAUCUGCAGCCGCUGCAGCCGCGCUUGCCACAACCGGCGAAUCGCGCCGCCACGCUGCCGGUGAAGGAUCAACUGCAGGCAGCGGCGGCGGCGGCCAUGUGCUCCUCGCCCAACAACUCCAACUUCACGGACAACACUAGUCAGUCGGUGACGCCCAGCGAGUUUGGCUACCAGCACCUGCAGCGUCAACUGAGCAUGCACUCCCUGCUGGCCACCGACGACAGUUCGCCGGUGUACGAGGACUUCGAGCAGACCCCCGUCAAGAUGGUGGCCACCAGCCCGAUCAAGUCCACCAUUAGCAUCACCUACAAGUCGCCCGAGAAGGAGAAGAAACCGACGCCGGCGGCGGUACUGCUGGAGACCAAUUUCGAUGAGAACAUUGUCUACGAGCAGGUGAAACUGUUCCGCAACUCGGUCACCGAAGUGAAUCAAAUGAUGCACGAGCGUUCCAGCCUGAAACAGAUCGCCGAGGAGGAACAGCAGCAGGAUGGAGGUGCCUUUAAGGCCGCAGAGAUGACCCAGCAACUGCUGCAACUGGAACAGGAGCAGCAUCAGGAGCACCAAGAGCAGCAGGAGAAGGAGGAUCAGGAGCCGGAGGAUGAUGAUCAAGAGUCGCAGUUGCUGUACGAAAACAUCGAACUGCGCAAACCGAAAACAGUUUACGAAAAUCUACGUGGCGAGGAGAUGAAACUCAACGCCGAUGAACAGAAGCCAAGCGGCAGUGAUAGAAUCGAACUCGAUAGUCUAGACAGUUUGCCGGACAACAUGGAGCACGAGCAGCAGUCGUCACCCAGCAAGUCGCCCUCGUUUAGUGUCAAGGAGUUGGCCAACAAGUUUGAGAGCUCGCCGGUGGAGCAGCUGCCCAAUUUCGAUUUCUCGCUGCGCGGCGGCUCCAUGAAGAAGCCCAACGAACUGAGCGUGCCCAAGGCGAUGCCCGCACCCGUGCCGCUCAAGAAACUGAGCAGCAGUGCCCAGAAGAUAACGCGUUCGCUAGACGAGAAUGCCUUCGUGCGCGAAUUCGGGGGUAAGCAGCUGCAGGAUCUGUCUGUGGCGGGCAAGUUGCCCGAGGUUAUGGCGUCGUCUACGUCGUCGUCGUCGGCGUCGUCCUCAGAGGUGAACAGCCGACGCAAGAGCUUCGACUUUACGCGACCCAAGACCCUGAAUCCGCCCAAGCGUUUGCCGGGCAUGAGCAUCACCGAGGAGAUCUGCCAAAAGCGCGGCGGCGGCGGAGGCGGCGAACCGGACCCCAUCACGCCCACAACGCCCACCACCGAGAAUCGCAUCUCGCUGAUCCAGCAGAACAACAUGCCCAAUCAGUUCCUGCCUCCGGCGGGACGCAAGAGCGUGCUGACUGGUGUGAUCCUGGACCGCGAACGCAUCGACAAGAUCAAGGAGGAGCGGCGUCAGCAGCUGACGCAGAAGUACUAUGGCGACACGCUAAAGUCCCGCUCGCGCACUGAACUAAAUGCGGAGGACAACUUCCAGGCCGCCGAAUCGCUGCGCAUCAAGUCGAAGUCGCGCGGCGACAUGCACGCCUUGCAGAAGGACAUGGACAUGAAUCUGAAGCAGUUGACCCGCGUGGCUGGCGGUGGCUCGGAGAGCACCCUCCACAUGGCCCACGGCCAGGGCAACGGACAGGAGCAACUCAGUCAGCAGCGGGUGCGCCGCAUUUCGGAUGAGAAGAAUCAAAAUUGUGAUACCAGCAAUGGUGGAGGAGUCCAGGGCCAGAUCCAUGGUGGCGUAACCGCCACCUCGCUGCUCAGCGUUAAGACGGCGGCCCAGAAAUAUGGCACCAGUACCAUCACCAGCGCAAACAAGGCGCCGGCGAAUAAGUUCGAACGUGGCCAGCCGAUGUCGCGCGAGCGUUUGCAGCGCAACUCGUUGGCCGAGAGCAAUGCGGGCACUAACAACAGAGAAAAGAUCUCACCACAAUUCUCAAUACGCGACGUGACAGCUAUGUUCGAAUCUCGUUCACAAAACCAAUAGGCUAAGGCAACAUUAGCAACUAAUUACAUCGAAAUAAUGAGACCGCUACCUACACUAUAAUCACUGUACUGGAGCAGCAGCAUAUAUGUGCAUAUAGGAGCAUAUAUAUUUUAUUUAGUUUUUAGACAUUCACUUAAGCGCAUCCAAAUUCUCGAAAAAGUGUUCUUGAUAUACAUAUACGGCGCAAGCGGCUCCAAAGACAUUCAGAUUUAUAAAGCCGCGCUCGUUUGCAACAUUUAUAAUGAUACUGAUUACUAAUAACUGAUUACUGAUAACUGAUUACGGAUGAUAAUCAUAAUGACGACGCUUUGCGCCUUGAAUCAUAUGCAAAAUUCAAUUUUGUUUUGAAGAAGCAUGAAGAAGAGAGUUUAACUAAAAGACCAUCCUCAUCACACCCCGCAAGUCCCUCGAUCCUGAACAAUGCAUAUUGUUAUUGCAUUUCAGGCAUUUCUCUACAUAGGUGUUAAGUUUCAUUCGUUUAACCUUUUAAGAGAAAACUGAAUUCUAUAUUUUUGAAUUUAAUUUUGGUUUGUUUUUGCGUGAUUUGUGUUUGGAAUGUUUUUAUUUUCUUGUUUACCUACUAAAUUGUGACGCGCGUGUAUCGGAAAGAAUCGUUUUCUUAAUUUAAAAUUAAUUUGCAUUUGCAACAACAACUUUGAGCAAGUUGUCCUAAUUUAAUUAUUAUACGAUUAAUUUAUAUAUAUUUUUUAAAACAAUAAACUCAAUUGCAUUGUCACUCAAAAGUA